CAGCCACUUGUUGACGUCUGCUGUCUCUCACUAUUGACUGUGCUAAUAAAGCAUCGGGACUUUUUAAAGUUUGCAAGACUCUACUUACUAUAUUGUAUAUAAGGAGGCGAUGCCGACCUGCUCCAAGACUUGUUUUAGUUGUCUCCUGUACAUCCCUCUCGUUGAAUUGUAUUGCAUUGCAUCUGUCUAAUCGGUUGACUCUAUAACUCAAAGCUCUCUCGCUUUCACUCUAUCGUUUAUUAGUUACAGUACAAAGAUCAUUCACACACCACCACCACACAUCCAAGAUGAAGGCUACUUUCUUCCUCGCCGCUGCUGGCCUCGUUGCCGCCCAGGACUUUGGUGGUCAACCCGAGUGUGCUCUCAAAUGUCUCCAGGAGAACAUCCCCAAGGCCGGCUGCAAGCUCGAGGACACCGCCUGCCAAUGCGCCUCCGAUUUCCAGGAGAAACUCCUCCCCAUCAUCACCCCUUGCUUGAAGAAGGCCUGCGAGGCCCAAGACCUCCUCAAGGCUCAGUCCGCUGCCGCCGAGGCCUGCAAGGAGUUCGCUAAGACCGCCGGCUCCAGCAAGCCUACCGCUACCUCUGCUGCCACCUCUGGCGCCGUCACCGUCAGCAUCGACACCUCGGUCACAGGCUCCGCCAGCGUCCCUGCUAUCUUCUCCAGCAUCCCUGAGGAGUCUACUGUUGUCCCCGUUACUCCCCACCCCGGCAACGGAACCUCUACCAAGACUAACGGAGCUUCCACCCCUACUGGAACUUCUGGCUCUGGUUCAGGCAGCGAGAGCAGCGCCAGCAGUGUUCCUACCGGUAACGCUGCUGCUGUUGCUGGCCCUGCCUUCGGUCUCCUCGCUGCCCUUGGUGCUGUCCUUGCUCUGUAAGAGCUCUUAUAUCUGUUUGCGUAUAAUUUCAUCUUCACCACGGAGCAUUUCAUGGGACGCAGUCAAUUAACAUUUACGAUACAAGGAAAUUAAUAAUGCGUUGUUCAAAUAUCCAUGGAUAGUGUAUCACUUCUUCUCCCAGGGGUACACACGGUUGAUUAGCUUGCCAUCGAGAGCGAUGGGAAAAGUAGUAAUAGACAUGUACCAGCUUAGUCAGUAAUAAACAAGCAUUGAAACUAUCAG